GUCAUUACGAUUUGAACGGAGCCCCUGGCAGAUGCUUUGCAGUCCCUUUGUAGUUGGUCUAUGUUAAAGCUUUUAUGAUCCGCCUCACGCCGAUCACAUUCUCCCGUUCAAUGAGAAGUCAGCCCUUGUGUACCUGCUUUCAUUUCCAUUCCCAAAAGGAUUCGUGCGAACUACCAAUCAUAAUGAACGAUGCCUCUAGAUAAAGCGUAGCAUCGCUCUCAGACUUGAGGUAAACACUAUUCGGUUGGAUGGACUGGAGAUACGGUUAACUUCAUAAGUUAUUUUCAUCGUCUUCAUUUGGAGACUGUAUUUGCUAUAGUCUUGCAGUGUGCAUUGCUGUGCCUUUUUGUGGAUAAAAAGGAUAUCUUUGUGCUCUCGGUUCGUAAUGUGAACACGGUGGACGUUUUUCAAAGAAAAUGACACUUUUGUGGAAAUAAAACAUCAGUGGUGUUUGCAGCUAUUACAGAACUUCUGCGGAAUAAUCCAUUGUUGAUGAUUAUGAUCUAUAAGAAUGGGAGCAAACUUUAAUCAGAUUAUGAAAUUGGUUUCUCCAAGCGAAUACGCCCAAGGGCGCACGCCACGUGACGUGUAUGACACUGCAUGGGUAUUAUAAUAUUUCCGGUGUAACUCGCUAUUCAAAUAGUCGUCAAUAGGCUGAACCCACCACCCCUAUCUCUGGGCUAUGCAUAUCGAUUCCACAAAAAUCUAGGUCAGCCGUUAGGAUUCGGGUGGGACCCCCUGAAAAAUUAGUUCCUCGUUGCUAUUGGGUACCUGUCUACUGCGUGUUAAAACACGUCCCUUGAAAUAAAGACAAGCACACACUUGCAUCGCGCGUGUCUGGACCUGCAGGAUACCGUCUCCCCAACAUGUCGUCACACGUUGCGUGGAUUAUAUUUCUCAUUAGCUGCUUUGUGCUGGGUGUUUGGACUUCGAAAACAGAUCAAAAGGAUGUGAAGACAUGUAAUAACUAUGCUGCUCACGAGGAAGAUUCAGAAGAAGACACUUGCGCUCAAGAUGAUGGUAGUCCAGCAGAACUUGUGUGUACGACUGGAAAGGUUAUAGUUCUGAAGUCCCUCCUCUUUGCAGUAAAGAAGAGCAGUGAAUGUACAAAGAGGAUAUCCACUGAAAGGGUUUGCUGUAAGCGUAACAACGCCGAUGUCCUGUAUGACGGACACUGUUUACAAGAUGUUUGGAACGACGAGGACGGGGGACACUACAGGACCUUUAUGAAGGCUGCAAUACAGGAGUGUAUGGAGAAACAGGAGUGUACUCUAGGCCACAGUGUGUUCCAGCCUAUGCAGAGGAAGCUGUACAACAACACACACUCCAGUUACUUUAAGAUCAUGUACCAAUGUGUUGAUGAUCCAACAGAAACACAUCUAUUACAACCCAACUACAUCACCAAAUCUGAAAAUGAGGUGAUCCUGAAGGGCACCACAAACGCUACACGUAAAUGCGUUGUGAGGUCACCUGGCGGAGGGAUGAUCUCGGUGCAAGCUUUGGAUAUACGAUCAAGUGUGAUGGGCAAGGAUUCUCACCCUGAACUGAAACUAAAAACUGAAGCAGCCGAAAAGAUCAUCCGAGCAAACGACCUUCCACUGUUUGGAUUUCAGGAACUCAUUUCGGGGAGCAAAAUCAACAUCACUGUGGCUGAUAGCAUGAAGCUGUGGCUGAGAAUUAAAGCGACUGAUGGAGAAAAUGUGAACAUCACAUGUGGAGAGCCCGACCGUGAGCCUACAACGUCCACUACGACAACGACAGGGGCGACAUUUCUGAAAGAUGGUUAUGGAUUCUGGCCCUUGGUGUUCACGGCUUGUGGUGCUGUCAUCAUGUUAUCUAUCGUCAUCCUGGUGUGCGGGAUCUGGUGGAUAUGCAAAUACAGAAAACGCCGAAAGAGACGUUUCCGGAGCAGCAGUUCCUUCCGGACCACCCAGGAAUAUCUGGACACUUAUGACCCUCCAUACGCAACUGUCCAGGACCAAAGACCUUCUGGGAAGUCCAUCCGUGUGACACGCUCCAUGUCCAGUCAGACAAUACAGAGGUCCUUCUCACCACCCAUCGUACACAAGCUCUACCCGAGGUCGACGUCAAUGAGGAGUCUCCGUGACAGACCUGCAAUGGCUCCUCCACCCCCACCUCGCAUGUCCCCGGCUAUGAACUACAACCAAGGGAAGAGUUACAAUCAGUGCUACUCAAGGCUGAGUCGGACUCCCACCGUGCCAAGAAGCAACCUGGAACAGCUGGAAGCGUUUCUGGAGUGGCCGGAACCGGAAGUGAUAUCUCCUUCGAGGAUGGGGUCUAUGAAAGAGUCAACUGAAGGCUCCGGGUAUGCGUCUCCUUCAUUAUUGAACUCCCUGUUCCGUGUGGAAUCCCAAGGGAGUCUUAAAUCUCAGAGAGGAUCUCCCCAAGCCUACGGGUCAAUGCCCAGAUCGGAGGUCGGCUCUGGGCAGUGUGGGGGAUCCGUUUUUGAGAGUGAGGGCUCGGUGACUGAGUCGCUCCUUGCGAGAGGGGACAUUGCUUUUCCCCGACCAAUGCCUACCCAGGACUUGUUGGGAGAUGCUGAAGCAACGUUGUCUCUUCUCAACGAUCAUAAAGGAGACGAAAAUCACAAUGAGUUCGAGAGUAACACUCCUGAUGUGCUAACCUGAGCAUUAAUUGGAUUUUUCCUCUCAUUUCAAUAUGAAAUGAAAACUAUGUAUUUACACCUGCCACAACUGAGUCACCUGGAAACUAGGUGUUGUUACUCAGAAGAUGAUAGAAACAUGACAAGAAGAAGAAGCCUGGAUUUGUUCAUUCAUAUUCAGUGCAACGUCACAAACACACACGUCCAUGUAGAAGGAUAGGUUUUCGUUACGUUCCUCAAGAACAAUAUGUUGUUGCAUAAUCUUAUGUACAGUGAAACGGGAGGCCGACAUGAGACAAAUGUAUCGAUUGUUCGAAAGGUAUUUCGAGAUAAUGGUGUUCGAGUUACAGAUAUGGAUUUAAUUUUAUUUUGAUUCAGUUUGAAUCCUUUAUUGAGACUGAUACAAUCAUAAUUUGCACAGCGAAUCACUGCCAUUGUUUUUAUUUCGCUGCUGCUUUUGUUCACUGCCAUACGUAACAAAUGUUUUCACUAAGUACCGUUGUGAGAAUUAUCAUCAUCACCUUGCCACACAAAACCAGCAUUACAGGAAUCCCAUCAGCUGGAUUUUCCGAAAGGAGCAGCUUCAGAUCAGAGUAUCCUUGCACGAUUUUUCAUAUAUGAAAUUACCCAAGACAUUGUCAGGUGAAAUGUGACUCCGGCGCAUGAGAGUGGGUUAAGGCACCUGGGUCUACUUGCACAAAAUGAUGAUAGCGCUAAGAUGAUCGUAACUCUCAUACUUUAACACAGGCUUACGAUAGUUGUAGCGCUAAGAUCGUCAUCUGAACAAUCUUGAUAUAAUGCUUCUUGAUAUGCCAAAACCCCUGCUCGUGGGUUUCACCAAAGUGGUAAGCAUUUGGGACCUGGACCACGUCGGGCUUUUCUCUAUUAAGCUUAUACGCCGAGAUAUAAUUGAAAUAAUUCCGUUCGCAGAAGUUUUAAUUCGCCCACCUCUUUCACUAAAGUGAAUACCUAGUGGCAAUAUCCUGUAUUAAACCAGUAGCUGCUGGAACCAAAGUCCUCAACCUGGAACACGGGUGACAUCGUCGUCUUUUUAAACACAGCUGUCCCACAUACUUAUGCCACAUUAAUCCUGAUUCUAUAUCUAUUACAAUUCAGGGCACAAUGGUUAUGUACAACGUGUUCUUCCAAACUUACAUUCCAAACUAUGAUUCGAUCUCAGAGUCGGUGGGUGAAAAUCCCCAAUUUAUGUAAUUGUACCAUGUUUAUGAUAGUUUAACAUUGACCUUUAUAAGGGUACAACGUCCAUUGCUAAAAGCAACGACCUUUUUAUCACAGUAUUACAUGUGCAGAAAAAAAUAUAUUUUGCAAAUGAACUUGUAUAUAUAUAUAUGUACAUAGAACUUUCACGGGAGUGGCGGAUAUAUUUCCGCAAGGUCCAUAUUAAACGGAAUAAUGACAUUGUCUUAAUGUGUUCAAUAGUGCUGAUGGUAGUGUGAGGUGAGAUGUUUGUAUGCGUCAACUUACACAUAUAUGUAUAUUGUCAUAAUUGAUGUAUGAAAAUCUAAAAGCUAUAAUAAGGUCGUGAAAAGAAUAAAUCUGUUUCUCAUCAUCGUAUUGAUCUUUUACAACAUGCUAUGUGAAUGACUGUGGGACAAUCGAUGACGAAUGGCUUUGUCCGGUACAAAUAUCACUUCUGUGAUUGUCCGGAUUUUCAUUUUAAAAAAUCCUCUGGUGAGAAACAGUAUGUUGUUAUACAUGGCCUAAUGUCGCCUUAAGUGCACCGGGGUGAUCUUUCAUUUCCGGCGUAUACGUUCAUUGCCUGUAAUCUGAUGAGCAACACAUCUGUCGGGAGUGUAAUCAGACUUGUCCUCAAGUCUCUGAAAGGUUAUAGAGCAAUCAGUCCUCAUCAUGAUAUUUUAGGUCAACUGACAUCCCAUUGACGGCGUUCGCGAAACGUGCUUUUGUGCGUUUUGCUGUUAAUUUUUUUCCCUUUUUAAUAAUUCAAUAAACAAUGCAAAUUC